AUGAAUUGGUGUUCAUUGCAAAUCGUUGUCAGCACAAAUGAAAAUAAUUCAACACAGAAAAAAUUCAGACAGUUCAUGAGGACGCAACCAAUAGACGAUGAAAAUCUCAAUGAUUUAUGUUCACUAAUUGAUCGGCUUAGUGCAAGCUUGAAAAGUCAUGAAAUUCGGUUUCAUUCGCUUUUUACUUCCUUUACUGACGCGACAAAUCAUACAAAAGUUGUUUUAUUAGGCAAGUCCAUUUCUAGCCAUCGAUUACAAGCACAUGUUGAUGGAAUUCGAGCGGUUGAUUGGGUCAAUGUAGAUAGCACAUUGGCCAAACAUCAACAUAUAACUGAAAUUUCGAAUAGUUUCAACUUUCGGGGACUGGGGGAGUCUCAUAUUUUGACUUUGGCAAAAAACGAGAGGAACAAGAAUGAUGAUAAUCUGAGCGUUCUUCUUCGUUCUUCAGUUUGGAUUUCUUCGAAAGAAAUUGCACCGAACCGCGUCGUUCUCAUAUCAUCAACUGAUGAUUCGAUUGAAGUGGGAUUUAUAAUGAACAUCCGAAGAAGAAGAUGUAAAUUGCUUAGGGCAACGAAACCAAGCCAUCUGACUGUCGCCAACAUCCACAAAAUUGGACUUUUUGAGGAAGAUUAUUCAUUCUUAAGACUGUCAAACGUCGUCACCUACAAUACGUCUCAUUCACAAGUUAUUAUGAGGUGA